AGAGCCAAAGAUGUCGGCUCGGUCAUAUGAUCAGCUGUGUCCAAUCACAGCUGAUCACAUGGGACAUGUACACUGAUCAUCAGGGCACUGAUGAUCAGUGUGCCUUGAUGAUCAGUGUGGCCCCAGAAGUGCCACCUGUCAGUGUCCAUCAGUGCCAGCAGUCAGUGCUCAUCAGUGCCACAUCAGUGCCACAUAUCAGUGCCUACCAGUGCACAUCAAUGCCACAUAUCAGUGCCCAUCUGAGCUGCCUUUCAGUGUCAACCAUCAGUGCCAGUCAGUGCCACCUAUCAAUGCCAUUCAGUGCCACCUAUCAGUGCUGCCAGUCAGUGCCACCUAUCAGUGCCAGUCAGUGCCGCCUAUCAGUGCGCAUCAGUGCCGCCUAUCAGUGCGCGCCAGUGCCGCCUAUCAGUGCC